AACCCUAAUUUGAAACCCCAACCCCAACCCCAACCCCAACCCCAGCGCACCCUAUGCCUCACGCCGUUUGAUAGCUCUCUCUGUACAACUCUCCAUUUCUCCACCACAUUUUACCACCACUACUCCGCCCUUACGUCCACCACCGAACCCAUAGCCAUGUCCGACGUCGAGCUCUCUCGCUCAGAGAAGAAAAAGAAGAAGCAGCACCGCUCCAAAGAUGAAACCGCCACCCCAAUCAUACCAGAGCCACUCGAGCCAACCCACAAGGACUCUGGGGACUUCAUGAUCAAGCCCCAGAGCUUCGUCCCCUCCAUCGACACCUCUCAGUGGCCGAUCCUUCUCAAGAACUACGACCGCCUCAACGUGCGAACCGGACACUACACCCCUCUCCCCUCAGGUUACUCCCCUCUCAAGCGCCCUCUCGAGCAGUACAUUAAGUACGGUGUUAUCAACCUCGACAAGCCCGCUAACCCAUCUUCCCACGAGGUCGUCGCCUGGAUCAAACGGAUCCUCAAGGUCGAGAAAACGGGUCACAGUGGUACCCUCGAUCCGAAAGUCACUGGGAACCUGAUUGUGUGCAUUGAUCGAGCCACCAGGCUCGUGAAAUCGCAACAGGGUGCUGGGAAAGAGUAUGUCUGUAUUGCUAGGUUGCAUUCUGCGGUGCCCGAUGUGUCGAAGGUGGCUCGGGCGCUGGAAACGCUCACCGGGGCUGUGUUUCAGAGGCCGCCCUUGAUUUCGGCGGUGAAGAGGCAGCUUAGGAUUAGGACUAUAUAUGAAAGUAAGCUUCUUGAGUAUGACGCAGAUAAGCAUCUGGUUGUUUUCUGGAUUUCUUGUGAGGCGGGGACUUAUGUGAGGACGUUGUGCGUGCAUUUGGGUCUGAUUCUUGGGGUUGGAGGGCAUAUGCAGGAGCUGAGGAGGGUGAGGUCCGGGAUUUUGGGCGAGAAAGAUAACAUGGUUACGAUGCACGAUGUGUUGGAUGGGCAAUGGAUUUAUGAUAAUUACAGGGAUGAGAGUUAUUUGAGGAGGGUGAUUAUGCCGCUCGAAGUGAUUUUGACGAGUUAUAAGAGGUUGGUUGUAAAGGAUUCGGCUGUGAAUGCUAUUUGUUAUGGUGCCAAGUUGAUGAUUCCGGGGUUGUUGAGGUUUGAGAAUGAUAUCGAGGUUGGGGAGGAGAUUGUGCUAAUGACCACCAAAGGAGAAGCAAUUGCGCUGGGAAUUGCGGAGAUGACAACCGCGGUGAUGGCAACUUGUGAUCAUGGUGUGGUGGCGAGGAUUAAGAGGGUGGUGAUGGACCGGGAUAUGUACCCAAGGAAGUGGGGAUUGGGGCCGAGGGCGUCGAUGAAGAAGAAAUUGAUAGCAGAUGGGAAGUUGGAUAAGCACGGGAAGCCGAAUGCGAAUACUCCGCAAGAAUGGGCGAGGAAUCUGGUUUUACCAACAGGUGGGGAUUCUGUGGUUGCAAGCCUUGCGGCUGCUACUGAACCGGCUUCAGCAGAGAAGGAGAAGAAACAGAGGAAGAAGGAUAAUGAAGAUGGGGGGGAGGGACGCAAGCGAAAGCUGGAUGAAAGCACUGAUAGCCCUGUUCCCAUGUCUUCGAAGAAAGCUAAAGUUGCUGAGGUCCAAGGAGUUGAGAAGGAAGCGAGCGUGAAGGUUAAGAAGGCCAAGGAAGAUGAUGUGGAGGUUGAUGUUGAAAAGAAGGAGAAGAAGAAGAAGAAAAAGAAGGACAAAGAGGAUGGUAAUGCGGAGUCAUUAGGUCACGAGAAGGCUGAGAAGGAGAAGAAGAAGCAUAAAGAUAAGGUUGAAGCUGGUUCACCUGAAUCAGAGAAGUCUGAGAAGAAGAAGAAAAAGAGCAAAAAGGCUGAGGACGGUGGUGCUGCAUCUCCCACCAGCGUUGCUAAUGGUGAGGCUGAUACCAGCGAGAAGAAGAAGAAGAAAAAGAAGAAUAAAGAUGUUGAGAAAGAAUAAAGAUGCGGACUAUGAUUUCUGUUUUCCAUUUCAUCUUCAAUGAGUUUUUAUAGUUUUGUGUAACUUUUUUGAUGCAUUUCAUGGAACUACUUUUCACAUGGUAACCUUUUUUUCUCUACCAAAUGAGACCCGUCUGAAGCUAAACAUCUGGGGCUGCCUAUCCUCUUUGACAAAUCUAAGAAGGCUGAAUUUCAAGAAGCCAUUGAUGAAGUCCGGAGCAAAAUUAAAGGACUCUUUCAAGCAGGCCGAUCAGAGCUUAUCCAACCUGUUGCAGCAACCAUCCCCCCUUGUAUGCCAUGAGUAGCUUCCUUUUGCUUGCCAUAGCUUGUAGCUUGUAGCUUGCUAGACAAGCACUGCAAAAACUUUUGGUGGGGUUUCCCAAGCAUAAAUCCAAGAAUCGAUGCCUUCUUUGGAAGGGGGUCUCAUAUCUGAUUAGAAGAUCUUUCCCUUAGUCUCUUAUUGGAAAGCUAUGAAGAUGCACUUCACCAACAAUGCGGCAAAAUGGGCAACAACCAGACAUUUCUCUGGCUGGAUUUCCAUUUUCAUAUCCCCUCAACCCCAUCUGUAUCCCUUUAAAAUAUCGGGAAAGACCUCUCCCUAAUUUUCUCUUUCUAUUUACUACUUCAAAAAUGUCUUUUUAAUUUUUGCUAAUAUUUAAAUUUUUGUUGAA